CCCCGCCUAGUCCGCUCGUUCGAUUCUUAUUUUCGCUUUUGCGUUCUUUCCUAUUCUCUUAUUCGUCUCUUUCGACUUGAUGAUGGCGUGACGAGAACGUACGAUCGCGAACAUUAAUUGCAAUAUUAUCAAUUUUAUUUCAAUUCGAUUGUGAUUCUGUGUGAUCGUUCGUGAAACAUUCUCUGUGUUUUCCAAAGGAUAAUUCAUUUCUAUUGUCAUCUUCGAUAAUAUACUCAAGUGAAUCACCGCGAUGUCAUCGGAAUAUUCAUUCUGUAGCGAGGGAGGCUUCGACGAACUAUCCAGUUCAUCCGACUCCGGCUUUGAUGUCAGUUUCGAGUCUCCGAAACACGAAUUAUCCGCGGAUGGUCUCUUUCCACCUGCGAAGGAAGACAAACGGAAGAAAACUCGGAAUACGCGGUGCAAAAGUCCAACCCAGGUACUCAGAUUGAAAAGGAAUCGUCGGAUAAAGGCAAACGAUCGAGAACGGCACAGAAUGCACACGCUGAACGAUGCACUAGAAAGACUAAGGAUGGCUUUACCUACGUUUCCCGAAGACACCAAGUUGACGAAGAUCGAGACCCUUCGGUUCGCUCACAAUUACAUAUGGGCUCUCUCUCAAACCUUAGGAAACUCUGAAAGCGGUGAGGUAACCGUCAACGUCGGCAAUGUAACAGUCAGCAUCAGUGAGAACGGUAACAUGAUCACGUCUUCGACCGGAAGUUGUGCUGUAGCUGCACAAAAACGACUUGGACCGAGUCACGCAGCGACAUUUCCCUAUCCUCAGGAAAGAUUCGUGCCGGAAUGGCAAGAAUAUGAUUGCUAUAGCGAUCAGAGUGUCAGUCCACCGAUACCACAACAAUAUCAGCCAUGUUACGAGCAAAGGAUGUAUCCACAUCAUCAAAUUUCUCAGCCACAUCAUCACAUGACUCAUCACAACAGCAUGUAUCAGUGCCUUUAAGAUUUGGACAUCGUAUUGUAUCGUCUGUUCUCUUUCGUAUUAGAUUUUCAUUCAACGAAAUAACAGACGAAAUCCUUUGAUCUAUCUGUGCCAUCGACAUCGAAUGUAUUUUUACGAAUAUAUGUAUCGAGCCAUUAUCGUAUUUGAAUAUAUCGAAUACUAGGAUGGUUCUACCGAUCAUGUGUUCUCUUUGCGCGAACUUUCUAUCGCGUGAUAAUAAUACCAAAGUGUUUGCUACGUUUCGAUAAAUUUAAUCGAGAGAGAGAGAGAGAGAGAGAGAGAGAGAGAGAGAGAGAGAGAGAGAGAGAAUUUACCGUAGAAUAUCGUCGGUAUAUAUUUACGAUGCAAUAACGAAAACGUUUGGAAGAAAUACGAUGGAGAAAUUAUUUUCUUACUGUUGCGAUCGUUGUCCAACUUCGAACAGUUAAUUGAAAAUCAAUGAGUAAUAAUAGUGCAAAUUUAUUACGUACGAAAGCAAAACUCAGCGAUAAUUAUUAUCGUAUUUCUUCUCCUUCGUAACUAUUAUCAGUAUAACCGGUUUAAUCGAGAGACUUCAAGUCGAUAGUCGAUUAGAAGUCGUAGAAGAAAAAAAAAUUAAAGAACAAUACCAAAAGGUUAUCGUUAUCUACUUUGUAAGAGAGUAAUCUAUUUAAAUUGAAUUUAGAACGCUUAAGCUAAUUAUAAGUUAAUCAUUAUUAUAAACAUGCCGCCAUUAUCAGUAAUCUCCUCUAAAUCCUUCGGUCUCGAUAGUUCCGAAUUAUCAUUUUUAUCGGACUUCUUUCAUAGAUACAUCUUUACACGCGUUCCUCAUUGUUCUAGUCAUCGAUGUUUUUAAGUUGAUCUCGAACGCUUGAUCUCAUUUUAUCCAUAACGUAUAAUCGAGGGAAAGAUCGAAUUUUUUAUUUUAUUUUAUAUUAAUUAGAUAUAAAAUAAUGUUCCCCCACGCCAGUGUCCUUAUCUUAAUACGGAAUUUUAUCCAUUCAGGGAAUAUAUAUUGUACAGACUUUAUACUUACAUCAAUAAAUCAUA